CCGGAUGGCCAGGGCUGUGCGGGAGAAUGGCGGAGCGAGAGAGCGGCGGCCUGGGCGGGGGGGCCGCGUCCCCGCCUGCCGCCUCCCCGUUCCUGGGGCUGCACAUCGCGUCGCCGCCCAAUUUCAGGCUCACCCAUGACAUCAGCCUGGAGGAGUUUGAGGAUGAAGACCUCUCUGAGAUCACCGAUGAAUGUGGCAUCAGCCUGCAAUGCAAAGACACCUUGUCCUUACGGCCCCCACGCGCCGGGCUGCUCUCCGCGGGCGGCGGCGGCGGUGGGGGGAGCCGGCUGCAGGCCGAGAUGCUGCAGAUGGACCUGAUCGAUGCGGCGGGGGACACUCCCGGCGCCGAGGACGACGACGAGGAGGAGGAGCGCGCCGCGCGGCGGCCGGGAGCAGGGCCGCCCGAGGCCGAGCCCCGCCAGGAGACGGCGCCCCGCGGCCAGAGCCAGGGCCAGGGCCAGGGCCAGGGCCCGGGCGGCGGAGACACGUACCGGCCCAAGCGACCCACCACGCUGAACCUCUUCCCGCAGGUGCCACGGUCUCAGGACACACUGAAUAAUAACUCUCUGGGCAAGAAGCACAGUUGGCAGGACCGGGUGUCGAGAUCAUCCUCGCCGCUGAAGACAGGGGAGCAGACGCCUCCGCAUGAGCACAUCUGCUUGAGCGAUGAGCUGCCGCCCCCCAGCAGCCCCGCGGCCACCAAGGAUCGAGGCACCUCCACGGACAGCCCCUGCCGCCGCAGCGCCGCCACGCAGAUGGCGCCUCCCGGUGGGCCCCCUGCCGCCCCCGCGGGUGGCCGGAGCCACUCGCACCGAGACCGCAUCCACUACCAGGCGGACGUGCGGCUGGAGGCCACCGAGGAGAUCUACCUGACGCCGGUGCAGAGGCCCCCGGACCCUGCGGAGCCCGCCUCCGCCUUCCUGCCGCCCGCCGAGAGCCGCAUGUCGGUCAGCUCCGACCCCGACCCCGCCGCCUACCCCGCCAGCGCCGGGCGGCCACACCCGUCUAUCAGCGAGGAGGACGAGGGCUUCGACUGCUUGUCGUCCCCGGAGCGGGCCGAGCCGCCCGCGGGAGGAUGGCGCGGGAGCCUGGGGGAGCCGCCGCCGCCUCCGCGGGCCUCGCUGAGCUCGGACACCAGCGCCCUGUCCUACGACUCGGUCAAGUAUACGCUGGUGGUGGACGAGCACGCGCAGCUGGAGCUGGUGAGCCUGCGGCCGUGCUUCGGCGACUACAGCGACGAGAGCGACUCGGCCACCGUCUACGACAACUGCGCCUCUGCCUCCUCCCCCUACGAGUCGGCCAUCGGGGAGGAGUACGAAGAGGCCCCCCGGCCGCGGCCCCCCGCCUGCCUCUCGGAGGACUCCACCCCCGACGAACCCGACGUCCACUUCUCCAAGAAGUUCCUGAACGUCUUCAUGAGCGGCCGCUCUCGCUCCUCCAGUGCGGAGUCCUUUGGGCUCUUCUCCUGCGUCAUCAACGGGGAAGAACAGGAGCAGACCCACCGGGCCAUAUUCAGGUUUGUGCCUCGACAUGAAGACGAACUCGAGCUGGAAGUGGACGACCCUCUGCUGGUGGAGCUGCAGGCCGAGGACUACUGGUACGAGGCCUACAACAUGCGCACGGGAGCCAGGGGCAUCUUCCCUGCCUACUACGCCAUUGAGGUCACCAAGGAGCCUGAACACUUGGCAGCCCUGACCAAAAACAGCGACUGGGUGGACCAGUUCCGGGUGAAGUUCCUGGGCUCAGUCCAGGUCCCCUAUCACAAGGGCAAUGACGUCCUCUGUGCUGCUAUGCAAAAGAUCGCCACCACCCGCCGGCUCACCGUGCACUUUAACCCGCCCUCCAGCUGUGUCCUAGAGAUCAGCGUGCGGGGCGUGAAGAUCGGCGUCAAGGCUGACGACUCCCAGGAGGCCAAGGGGAAUAAAUGUAGCCACUUUUUCCAGUUAAAAAACAUCUCUUUCUGCGGAUACCAUCCAAAGAACAACAAGUACUUUGGGUUCAUUACCAAGCACCCUGCUGACCACCGGUUUGCCUGCCACGUCUUUGUGUCUGAAGAAUCCACCAAAGCGCUGGCAGAAUCUGUGGGGAGAGCGUUCCAGCAGUUCUACAAGCAGUUUGUGGAGUACACCUGCCCCACGGAAGACAUCUACCUGGAGUAGGGUGGCAUCCCCGGGCGAGGGCCAGGACAGCGGGCUGCUGACAGGACGUGGCACGGCUGGAGGGGGCGCCUGCCCCCGCCAGAGGAGGGGGGAGCGCGGGGCUGCUGGCCAGGGUGGGGGAGGGCCGGGGUUACGGGCAGAGGCAAACGCAGUCUAUUGUAAUAUAUGGGGUUAGAUUCACCUAUGGAGGAUGGUGUGGGCUGCCCGGGGGUUGGGAGGGUGUGGGGCUGGGGGGAGGAUGAAGCCUCUGGCCAGGACAGGGUGCUCGUCCUAGCAGCAGAGGGCUCUAUCUCAUCUUGGGCCUCCCUUACUUCCCCUGCCAGGGCCUCUGGCCGUCGGCUCCUGCCUUGACAAAGCCCAUGCCACCUGCAAGUGCCCACCCCAGCCCUGCCCCUACACCCAACCCCCAGCCCCGGGGCCCCGAGCUCAGGCCAAGCUCAGCCCCUCCCGAGGACUCUGUGGUCAGGAAACGACCGCAGGUGGGGGCGCCGUCCCCGUUCCCAGCUCUGUCACCGGCGUGGCCUCUGGACCGACAGCUCCCACCGCCAACCCCAGCGGCGCGCUGGCCCCCUGGCAGGCGUGGGGUCCCACAGGGAGGGGAGAGCACGGCAGCGGGGGCCCCGCCUCGGCAGGAAACGGAGGCUCCGCCGUGGCCCGGGCCAGCCGGGGCCUCUUGGCUGCUUCAGCUGUAGCCCCAUCUAGGUCCUAUGACCCUGGCCUCAACUA